AUGGCAGCAGCGCUGCCCAGCCUGGCUCUAGCCCUGCUCUGCCUGCUGCAGGCAGGAGCCCAGGUGCCCGUGCAGCCGGACCUGGACACUGAGAAGUUUGCAGGGGAGUGGCAUGUCACAGCCAUUGCUUCCAACUGCUCCGUCUUCCUGAAGAUGAAGGAUGGGAUGAAGUCAUCCAUGGCCAUCAUCAGCUUCACACCAGAAGGGGACCUGGCCAUGAAGUUGGUCUUACCCCUGAUGGACAAAUGCCAAGAGUUUGAGCUGCUCUUCCAGCAGAAUGGGCAGGCGGGGCGCUACACGGGAGCACAAGAGAAGAGGAAUCUGUGUGUGAUGGAGACAGACUACAGCCACUACGCUGUCCUGCACGAGGUCCAGCACAGCGAGGCAGAGCCCAGCACGGCGCUGCAGCUCCUCACAAGGGAGCAGGACGUGAGCCCCCAGCUCCUGCAGAAGUUCAUGGAGCUCAUCCCCACCAUGGGCCUGACCCAGGACAUGCUGGCCAUCCUGCCCAAGUCAGAUCAAUGCACCGGGGACAUGAGUCUCUCAGUGCCCAGGCAGAUGUUGGGCUGUGACCCCAGAAGCCUGGCGAGCCAGGCCACAGGGGACAUCACACUCUGGGCAGGAGGGACACACUUCCACAGCGACACGAACCCCUUGUUCUGCCCGCGCUGCUCAGGGGGCAGCCCGCUCGGCAGACCCUGCGGGCCCCAGCGAAGGGCUUUGUUGACCCUUGGCUGCCCUGCGGAUCGGAUCCACCCCUUGCCCAAGCCAAGCCGAGAGCGUUCCCUGGGGCCCGGCACGGCUCGGCACGGCUCCAGCGGGGGCGGCAGCGCGGAGCUAUAA